UGGUGUCUGCUGGUGUCUGUGUCAGCAUGCUUGUACUAGGUCACAAUAAUGACUGCUGCUAAUGUCUCAGUCCCUAGAGAGGUCUUGCCUCUCACCAAGAUGCACCUGGAGCCUAUCAGAUGACUCAAGGAUUGAUGCUAAAAGCCUGUACAUUUUAUACUGGACAUUUAGUAAAGACCCACUUUUGCACUUGGAGAGAUAUAGCAAUACCUUGUACAAAUGAAGAUAACAAUCUGGCUGAAAAAAUGGAAAAAGCAAUGAAAUAUGACAAUUUCAGACUUCAAAAAUACAUAUUUCAUCAUUGGCACUCUUAUGUGAAAGGUAAAAAAGAACAACUUAAAGGUAAACUGUCGUGGAUCCAGCAGAUGUUCCACUGUUACAGGCUAAUAAUUAUCCUAAAUAAAUGGAGAGAUAAAGCAAGACAUAAGCAUAGGAAGAGAGUCGAUGAGCUGGUGUUAAAACAUGAACUUCAACUGAAAAAAUGGAAAAGGAAGUUAAAAGUCAAGGUGGAAGAAAAAUCCAUUUCUCCUGAACAAAAUCUCUCUGAAGUUUCUCUUGUAGGUGAGGUUCCUGAAUGUGACAUUUCAGUGUUACUGGAAAGAGCAGUAUCAUAGAUUUUCAUCCACCUCAGUUUAAGAGAUGUGAUAAUAUGUGGUCAAGUUAGUCACUUCUGGUUGUCAAUGACACAAAUAAGAUCCUUGUGGAAUGACAUUGAUUUUUCCACAAUAAAAAACAUGGUCACAGCUAAAUAUAUAGUGUCUGCUUUGCAAAGGUGGCGUCUGAAUGUACUUUGCUUGAAUUUUCGUGGUUGUCCUCUCCCACUGAAAACUCUGAGAUAUGUCAGUCUCUGUAGAAAUUUGCAAGAGCUGAACGUCUCUGACUGCCCGAUACUCACGGAUGAAUCGAUGAUAAUCUCUGAGGGCUGUUGUGGACUCCUGUAUCUCACUAACACAACUAUCACCAACCAGACGAUGAGACUCCUGCCGAGGUACUUCUACAAUUUACAAAAUUUUAGUUUGGCUUAUUGCAGAAAGUUCACAGACAAAGGUUUACGGUACCUGAAUUUAGAGCUCAUCUAUUUGGACAUUUCCAGCUGCAUCCAGAUUUCAGUCCAAGGCUUCAAGAACAUUGCAAACAGCUGCACUGGAAUUAUGCAUCUGAGCAUCAAUGACAUGCCAACUCUGAUGGACACCUGUGUAAAAGCUUUAGUUAAAAAAUGCCCUCAUAUUACAUCGAUAGUUUUCACUGGUGCACCACAUAUCUGUGCUUUCAAAGCUCAUUCUACUUGUAAGCUCAGAAAGAUCCGAUUUGAAGGAAAUAAAAGGAUUACUGAUGCAUGCUUCAAAUUUAUAGACAAGAAUUAUCCAAAUAUUAGUCAUAUAUACGUGGCAGACUGUAAGGGAAUAACAGAUGGUAGCCUCAAGUCACCUUCACCUUUGAAACAACUGACCGGACCGAAUUUGGCAAACUGUGUAAGCUACUUGAGUUUAUGAAAUUGUGAACAUUUGACUGACCUAGGAAUUGCAUAUAUUGUAAACAUCUUUUCCUUGGUAUCACUAGAUCUCUCCGGAACAGACAUCUCUGAUGAGAGUUUGAUGAUACUUUCCGGACAUAAAAAAUUAAAGGAACUCUCUCUAUCUGAGUGUUAUAAAAUCACCGAUGUUGGAAUUCAGAUUACUGACUCAGUGAUGGAGAUGUUAUCAGCAAAAUGCCAUUACCUGCACAUUUUGGGUAUUUCUGGUUGUGUGCUGCUUACUGACCAAAUGCUUGAGGACCUUCAGAUAGGCUGCAAACAACUCCAGAUCCUUAAGAUGAAUUACUGCAGACUUAUUUCCAAAAAGGCAAUGGAGAAGAAAAGCAUACUAAUGCUAAUCACUGUUAUUACUAAAGUCCAGCAGCAGGAGUGCAGCCCUAAUGACCCUCCACUUUGGUUGGGCUGUGAGUGUGAAGGCAAGCCUCUUACAGAGCAAGACGGUAUAACACCACUUGGGGAAGAGUUAGAAUUGACAGUGUAACAGUCCACAUAUAGUAGUGAAGAGGAAGUAGUAUGACCUUCAGGCUUAAGGAGGAAGAACAAAAAAUCUAGAACUUGGCGACUUCAUUUGACGCAAGUAUUUUUA